AUGAUUACUCGAGUCGACAAAUGUAGUACAUUUGGCAUUAAGAAAAGUCUGACAAAAUCAAUCCAGUACCUACCAAGACUCCUCAUUGACAAUAAAUUAAUACCUGCCACUAAAAUAGGAGAGUCUUUCCGAUACGUAGGGAAAUAUUUUGAUUUCAAUAUGUCCAACAAAGAUCACAAACAAGAACUAAUCACCCUCCUUGAAGAUAUCAUGUCAGAAAUUGACCUCAAACCGCUACACCCAAAGAAAAAAAUUUUACUCUAUAGUCGUUAUCUCCUAUCGAAAUUCUCCUGGCAUGUUACCGUCGCUAAUUUAUCAAAAACGUGGGUUUCUGAAAACAUGGACUCAGUAGUUAAUAAAUUUGUACGGAAAUGGCUUGAAAUACCCGUAUCCGGAACUUUAAGUAAUGUCUUCCUCACAAGUAAUAAAUUUGGACUAAAUAUAUACCCUCCAUCCGUCAAGUUCACUCAGUGCCAAACAGUCUCUCGUAAGGCCUUAAAAACCUCUCCAAAUGAUUGUAUAAGAAAUUUAUGGAAAUCAACUUGCGACAAUACUAACAUACAGUACGACGUCUACACCUCAACAAAGGAAGUUCUUAAAAGUUUCAAAUCUGCACAAGAGGACAAGCUUCAAAAUCAUCUGCUUCUCCAAGGCUCCUUUUUCUCUAACAUCACCAAGUUCUCGUUGUCUACACUAAACAACCUAUGGUCCAAAUCUCAAUCCAGCUUGCCAAAAAGCAUCUAUAACUUCACCAUUCGUUACAUCAACAACACCCUUGCCACACGCAAAAACCUUACAAAAUGGGGAAUAAUGUCAAACUCGGAUUGUUCCCUCUGCCUCAACCCUGAAACCCUUCUGCACGUAGUCGCGGGAUGCCAGUCAUACCUUCCAAGAUUUACUUAG